AUAAUACAGACUAUUAUGCAAUCUUUCAAGAUAUUUAUAGAACUAAAACUACUGAAGAAUAUAGACCAACCUAUAUACAAUUACAAGCAAAAUCUGAACCAAUUUCAAAAUCUAUUUUAAUCACAGAAAAAAUUCAGAAUUGA